GCGGACAUUAUGCUGUAAAGAUUCUGUUAACAAAUACUGUAGAUCAGGGGUCACCAACGUGGUGUCCGUGGGUAUCUGGUAGCCCUCGUGGAACACCUAAGGUGUCCACGGGGUAUGUUCUAAAAAUGGAACUAGUCAACAAGAGGGUCAGAAUUCGUACUGUUACUGUCAUACCGCACACACUGUUACUGUGCUUUUUGAAUGAUAUUCAAAUGGGUGCAAUGACAAUGAAGGAAGCAGGCAGACAACACUGCAAAAUAAAACAGCAAGAGUUCUCUUCAUGAUGGUAAAAGUUAACACCGCCACCAAGUGGCAGUGCUGUAUAUUGUGCACCACACCUCGAAUUAAAACGUUAAAUAUUUAACAUAGCCCGUGUCAAACAGUUAGAGUGGUACAGUAUUAAAUGUUAAAAAGAAUAUCCAGCAUAAAAUUUUGAUACGUUUUUAUUUAGGAUUAUUCUCAUUAAAAAUUUCUGAAAAGGAAUUUCAAUUUCAUUUAGUUUUUAGCACUGACUAAGUGGAAUAAUGACAAAUAUUUAAGGCUGUUCUAACUGUAUUCAUACAGUAAGCUGACUUAAGUGUUUUGGUAUUGUCAUUGUUGCGCUCUAGCCCAACUGUGGUCUCUAAAAGUAUGUAAACUUUGUCUUGUCUUUAUUAUGGAAAUGACUAUGACAAAGAAUGUGAGCUAAUGUAAAAACACCAAAAUGAGCUCUUAAAAUAAUCCUCUAAACCAUGGUAAGAACGUGGUGGGGCGGAUUUAUUGCCUCCUGAACUGUGCUGUGAGCACAUGAGAGGUCACACAUACUGUAGUGCAGUGUAUUCAGCCUCACCGACGUGAGUAACAACACAGCCCAUAAUUGGGCAGGUCUAAUGUUAGUUUCUUAUGGCUAUUGUAAACGUUGUUAGUUUAACCACUUGAAUAGAAGGCAUUAUAACCUAAGCUAAAAGUAAUUUCUUAAAUUUUCUUUUACUAAUCAACCAUUCUGUUUGUUAAUAAUGUCUUAUUUAGAAAUGAAAUCCUACCCUUUUAUGUAAUAUUUUUAAUAAUGUGGAAUUAAUAGACUAUCAAUGUUGCAAGUGUAAUCCAGGUAGUUUCAAAUAUAUAUAUAUUAUUUGGAAUACAAGUAUUUUGAAAAGAACGACACUGUGCGAGACCCUCUCAUAACAAACGAUGAUGAAGGUGCAUUUAUUCACCUCUUCCGUUGAUGUCACUAAAAGAUUUCAUUCUUGUUGAAAUGGGUAUUCGUUUUGCGACCACUUUCGGAUUCUGCUCAUUCUCUCCUGAGUUUGAGGAGCACGUUAAUCAUGGCGUGGCUUCUUGCGUCCGUCCUGCCACAAAGACAAAUUCUCAGAGCUGCUGUAGCCUGAGGUGAACAGCAGGAUCCAGAAGAAACAGCUGAGGAGCUGAAUGAAUACCAUUGAUCCUCCCUCCACACACUCAUCUUGUGAUGCCCAUGCACACAUAGCUGUGAGGUCAAACGUCAACCAACUGCAUGACUGCAGCUAUGCUUUCCCACCAUCCUCCGAUCCUUAAUCGUGUCAAAUGAGGCAGAAAGAAUUCUGGAUUUUCCAGCAGAAUACCUGGCUACAGAUUCAGUAAUGAAUUACAGCGCCUUUUUUUGGGUUGUUCGCAUCAUGAAACAUCAAAUCACACACCCACGUAAUGUCAAGGUAGUUGUUCUGGCUGUGAUUGGACCGUAUCAUAUAAGCAGGUACACGAAGAGAAUCAUUUACAGCUCCGUCAAUAUUGAAUAUAUCUUAAAUAAGUUUAUUGUUAUAUUAAAUCCAUUGGAAUGGGAACAACCAAUCGCUCUGUAAAUUACAAUGAAAUCACUCUUCAAAGGGGCGGGGCCUUUUGACAGACUCACAGUGAUGUCAGAGGUGAGAAGAAUUUUUUUAUGGUAAUUCACUUCUCAUGGCCUCUUAAAAAGAGGGGCGAGAUAUUCACUUAAUCUCUCUGGGAGUUGUGCUGGGGCUCAGGACGUUCGGGUGAGGCUCAGGGAUCACAGUCUAAAGACAGACACACACACAGACAGGAUGAGGACUCAGGCCCUGGUGCUGCUGGUUUUGGCUUUUACAUCAGCCAGCGCUAUACAACGCAGAAGCCAGUUCACGCGGUACCGUUCAUGGAACUCCAGGAUGUAUCCUGUCUGGAAGGAUGGAGACCCCCGGUUUAGAAACUGUUGGAUGGGUGGUGAAGUAACAUUUGAUCUAAAAAAUGAUGCCCCUACUCUGACCGGAGGCAGAACCACCUUCACCAUUAACCUCAACUUCCCACCAAAUCAGACAGUGCUCUCUGACGGACAGGUGGUCUGGGCACGGAACUGCACCGUUGAUGGACAACAGUAUCAGCAGGGUCAGCCUGUGUAUUCCGACCGGAACACUACACUGACAGGACUGUUCCCCGAUGGCACACCCUUCACUGGGACCCAGGACAAGAAGCCUCACUAUGUAUAUGUGUGGAAAACAUGGGGCCGUUACUGGCAGGUGGCAGAUGGUCCGUCCUCCUCCCUCACCAUUGGCACAGACAACACCCCCUUGGGCUCCUACAACAUGGAGGUUGUCAUCUACCACUGCCGUGGCAAAAACAAGUUCAUUCCUCUUGGCUACGCCUCCUCAGUCUUUGCUGUUACAGACCAGGUUCCUUUCACCGUAUCACUCAGCCAAGUCAAUGAUAUCAACCAGGACGACCAGAACUUCAUCCAAAACCGAGCCAUCGCGUUCAGUGUCAACCUUCACGAUCCCAGUCAGUACCUGAGCAGCGCUGACAUCAGCUUCAGCUGGGACUUUGGAGACAGCUCUGGUACACUCAUCUCCAGAGAGCGCACUGUCACUCACACGUUCGUUUCUGUUGGGACCUUCAAACCUCAGGUGGUCCUGAUGGCCAGCAUUCCCAGCGGAUGUGUGAACCCCACUGCCGUAGCACCCAUUGAUGGCGCUGCUGUUCCAGUCGUACCAGCUGAAGCAGGAGAUGCCAUUGCUUUGGAUGUUCCUGCUACCGAUGCCACCGCACUUGCUGCUUCUGUGCAGCCGGACAACACAGCCACAGAUGUAGACGACGUAGAAGGAGCAGUUGAUACAGACGCAGGAGCAGUGGAGGUGCAGGUCGCCUCGGUGGCACCUGCAGCAGUAGAUGCAGCUGUCGUUCCAGAGGAACAAGAUCCUGCGAACACUGCUGCAGAAGCAGAGGUAGAAGCUGCUGCUACAGGACAACAGUAUCAGCAGGGUCAGCCUGUGUAUUCCGACCGGAACACUACACUGACAGGACUGUUCCCCGAUGGCACACCCUUCACUGGGACCCAGGACAGGAAGCCUCACUAUGUAUAUGUGUGGAAAACAUGGGGCCGUUACUGGCAGGUGGCAGAUGGUCCGUCCUCCUCCCUCACCAUUGGCACAGACAACACCCCCUUGGGCUCCUACAACAUGGAGGUUGUCAUCUACCACUGCCGUGGCAAAAACAAGUUCAUUCCUCUUGGCUACGCCUCCUCAGUCUUUGCUGUUACAGACCAGGUUCCUUUCACCGUAUCACUCAGCCAAGUCAAUGAUAUCAACCAGGACGACCAGAACUUCAUCCAAAACCGAGCCAUCGCGUUCAGUGUCAACCUUCACGAUCCCAGUCAGUACCUGAGCAGCGCUGACAUCAGCUUCAGCUGGGACUUUGGAGACAGCUCUGGUACACUCAUCUCCAGAGAGCGCACUGUCACUCACACGUUCGUUUCUGUUGGGACCUUCAAACCUCAGGUGGUCCUGAUGGCCAGCAUUCCCAGCGGAUGUGUGAACCCCACUGCCGUAGCACCCAUUGAUGGCGCUGCUGUUCCAGUCGUACCAGCUGAAGCAGGAGAUGCCAUUGCUUUGGAUGUUCCUGCUACCGAUGCCACCGCACUUGCUGCUUCUGUGCAGCCGGACAACACAGCCACAGAUGUAGACGACGUAGAAGGAGCAGUUGAUACAGACGCAGGAGCAGUGGAGGUGCAGGUCGCCUCGGUGGCACCUGCAGCAGUAGAUGCAGCUGUCGUUCCAGAGGAACAAGAUCCUGCGAACACUGCUGCAGAAGCAGAGGUAGAAGCUGCUGCUGAUGCUGCUGCUGCUGGUGCUGGUGAAGCUGGAACUGCUGCACCUGUAGAUGAAGAGCCAGAAGAUACUGCUACUGCUGCUCCUGCUGCUGCUGACACUGAUGCUGCUGCUGACACUGAUGCUGCUGCCGUUGCUGCAGAUGAGACUGCAGAGGUGACAGAUGUUGCUGAAGUUGUUGAAGAAAAUGCCCCAGCGGUUGAUGCUGCUGUUGCUGCGGAUGCUCCAGCUGCAGAGGGAGAAGAGGCAACUGCCGAGGUCACCGCUGACACCACUGUUGCUCCUACGGCAGAAGCAACUGAAGAGCAACAGGCUGCAGUUGUGGCUACUGAGGCUGCUGCCAACACUGACGCUGCUGCAGAGAUUGUGCAAACUGAUACAGAGGCAGCGGCUGAUAAUGAUGCUGCUCCUGCUGCCACUCAGGCCACAGCUGUAGCAGCAGCAGCCGAUACUGAAGCUGAGGUGCUGGAAACUGAAAACGAUGUUGCAGCCACUGCAGCUGCUGCAGAGCAACCAGCAGGUGAGGGUGAAGUUCAAGCUGAAGUGGAAACAGAUCCAGCACAAAUUGCUCUUGUUGUUGCUAAAAGACAAGCACCAGAGUUGACAGCUGACUGUAUGAUCUACCGUUACGGCUCACUUGCGACCUCUGUGGAUGUUGUUGAGGGUAUCGAAAGUGUAGAGAUUGUGCAGGUGUCCAAUGUCGUGUCAAUGACGACUGAGUUAGAGCAAAAUGCUGUGGACAUCACCAUUUCCUGUCAAGGAAGUCUGCCUCGUGAGGUCUGCACAGUCAUUUCAGAUGCUGACUGUAUCACACCAGUAGAAACUGUGUGUAACGUGGCGUCGCCCACUCCAGACUGUCAGAUGACCCUCCGUCAGUUUUUCAAUGACACUGGAGUUUUUUGCCUUAACGUGUCCUUGACUAACGACGUCAGCUUGGCUGUGGCAAGCGCUAGAGUCAGCGUAGCAGUCGCCUCAGGAGGUUCACCAGCUGGAACUGCUGCCAUUAUUCUGGGUGUGAUGGUUCUGGCUUGUGUCGUCUGUUGCAUUGGUUUAAUGUACAGACGUUUCAAACAGUACCAGCCACUGACGGAGGAUGGUGGUGUCAGCGGUGGAGGCAGCUUCGCAGUAACGUCUGUACCUCUGUUGUUGUGGAACCUGUUGAGCAGACACUCGUCAGGAGAAAGCCGUCCACUUCUGCAGGGAAGAAUUGUGUGAUGAUCAUCGGCAGCUCAAGACAUCUA